AUGACGAUUAAUUACAAUUUGGCCGUAUCAACGUCUAAACCUUGGACACUUUUUAAGCUACUGCUCAAAUGGCGUGGAAGUAUAUGGAAAGCUGUGAUAUUAGAGCUCGUUGUUUGGUUGAUUCUGUAUGCAAUUUUAAGUAUAAUUUAUCGAACAGCAUUAGCACCAGACCAACAGAGAACAUUCGAACGAAUAGUACAAUAUUGUGAUAAUCGUCUCAGCUAUAUCCCCUUGAAUUUCAUGUUAGGAUUUUUCGUAACUGCUGUAGUUAAUCGUUGGACUUAUUUAUAUCAGAUUAUUGGAUUUAUCGAUAAUAUUGGAUUAAUGACAGCUGAGUAUGUUAGAGGACGAUCAGAGCAAGCCAGAAUGUUCCGAAGAAAUAUAGUGAGAUAUUGUGAACUUGCACAAGUGCUAGUGUUUCGAGAUAUAUCCAUGAGAACUCGCAGACGUUUCCCAACAUUGGAUACUGUUGUGGCUGCUGGGUUCAUGAUGCCACAUGAGAAGGAACGCUUUGAUGAAAUCCAAUAUCGGUAUAGUAAGUAUUGGAUGCCAUUUCAAUGGGCUUUAGCUCUGACAUAUGAUGCUAGAAAGAAAGGUCUUAUAGAAAGUGAUUAUUAUCAAGUUGUUGUACAAGAAGAAAUUAAGAGAUUCCGUACGGGUUUGGCUUGGAUUUGUAAUUAUGACUGGGUACCCAUACCUAUAAUGUAUCCGCAAUUGGUUUGUCUAGCAGUUCACACAUAUUUCCUUGUUUGCCUGUUAGCCAGGCAGUAUGUCAUUUCGGAACAUGCUGACAAUAAAACUGAGAUUGAUCUCUAUUUUCCUAUCAUGUCUACUUUGCAAUUCAUAUUUUACAUGGGUUGGAUGAAGGUGGCAGAAGCUAUGCUCAAUCCAUUCGGAGAAGAUGAUGAUGAUUUCGAAUGUAACGCUUUAAUCGAUAGAAAUAUAACGAUGGUUUUAAUGAUGGUUGAUAAGGGAUAUGAUCGUCCACCUGAGUUGAAACGUGAUCCGUUCUGGGAUGAAGAUGUUGAGCCCCUGUAUUCCGAAGAAUCUGCCAAAAUACCAAACAAUCCUUUGAAAGGUUCCGUCAGUGAAGUCAAGCUACCCGAACAUGUCACUGAAAUUAAGAUGGUGCCACAUUAUGAUGAUCAUGAUCCCUUAUUACAGCAUUCUCCAUCUCUUAGGAGAAGAGUCAGCGUUGUACCUGUUCGACAAAAUGAACACCGUCAAAGUCGAACAUCGGUUGGCUCAUUGGAGAUGUUCCGUAACAUGAAACACAAACUCGAAAGAUCAUUUUCACGAAGCCACAUUGGAGAAGAUUUACCAAGGAAGACUAUGUCUCAUGGUAAUCUGGAACAUCUGGAUCGUACGAAGAAAAUGUCGUUCAGAAGCGGUGAAACUACUCCGACUGCGGAGAAAUCAUUCACAAAUGGAGCAUUCAUCGAGAGUCAAGAGGAUGUUUCUAACACUUUCAAUCAGUCUAUAUCUGUAGAGAGACCGAAUGCCUUGCACAACACGACGAAGGAAGUUCGGAAAUCAUCUUCUAGCUCGAACAUGAAGCCAGCACAUGAGUUUCAGCAUCAUGUUCUAGACGAUGUGAUGGAGGAAGCCGAAGAAGAAUUCGUAAGAAAGAAAAGUAUUUUCGAGGCUUCAACUCUCGAUCGGAAAGCUGAUGAUGAUGCUAAAUCUCAAAAAAGCACAUCUACUGACAAAGAGAAAUCAGAUGAUAAAAAACAAGAUCAGAUCUCAAUCUCUAUUGAUGAAGAAUGUGAUGAGAAAAAAGAAGAAAACUCUAAAAAGAGACAUUCGACAACAACAGCAUCAGCUGCUGCUGAUACAUCAACGGAUCGUCGUGAGAAUCAAAGAAGCAGUGAAUUUUUCAUCGGUUUCGAAAACGAUGAUCAUUAA